CACGACUUGCGGCUCAGAAAAUCCGAGUGGUCUCGCAGCCGCGCCAAAGACAGCAACGGUGGCCCGGGACCCCCUUUGCGUUUCGCUUUCCUGGAGCUGGGGAAACUUCAGGCAGCGGCGCCUGCUCUCAGGCGGGCUUGCAGACGAAAAGGCCAGUUCAUCUCACCAAUUGCUCUUGCUGCCCACCCCCGCCCUGCUCUCUACCCUUUUGCGCGGGAGAACAAGGAUGACGCCUCAUCCCUCGGGUGCGCCAGCUGUCCAAGUGACCCAGGAGACAGAGCAGCCCUUCCAGGGCGUCUUCGACGACGAAGUGACCUGCGUGGCGUCGGCUCCGACCAGCCCGGCUCGCGUGCGGGGGAACUGCGCCGACGAGGAAGGGGGUGGCUCCCAAGGGGCCUCGAGGAAGCUCCGGACAAGACGCGGGGGACGCAGCCGGCCCAAGAGUGAGUUGGCUCUGAGCAAGCAGCGACGGAGCCGGCGCAAGAAAGCCAAUGACCGCGAGCGCAAUCGAAUGCACAACCUCAACUCGGCCCUGGACGCACUUCGCGGCGUCCUGCCCACCUUUCCUGACGAUGCCAAGCUUACCAAGAUCGAGACGCUCCGCUUCGCGCACAACUACAUCUGGGCGCUGACGCAGGCGCUGCGCAUAGCAGACCAUAGCCUCUACGGGCUGCAGCCACCCACACCGCCCUGCGUGGAGCUGGGCUGCCAGGACGGCGGCUCCCCGGGAGACUGGGGCUCCCUCUACUCCCCGGUCUCCCAGGCGGGCAGCCUGAGCCCCGCCGCCUCGCUGGAGGAGCGUCACGGGCUGCAGGCGCCUGCCUCUCCGGCCGGUCUGCGCCCCAGCGCCUUAGCUCUUUCAGACUUUCUAUGAAGGAGCCUGUCAACCGCUGGGUGGUGGGUGCUUGGCUGUGGGUGGGGGGCCACAGGGGCCGUCAGGGAUGCACUGAGGCUGCAGCAACCCCAGGGCGAACUUUCUCCUCCAGUCUGCGGCUCCCUGACAGGGGGGUGAGCCUAGGCGCCUAGGAGGGUAACAGGCUGGGUUCAAUUCCCGGUUCCUCUUCACAGCGCCAACUUCAGCCCUCUGUUUGCUGCCCGCGCAGGCGGGGAUUGCAAGCUCUGAGAGCAUUCCCCUCAAGUCACCCCAAGUCUCCCGCAAAGGCACCGGGGAUUGUGGCACUAAGCAGCUGGAGACACCCGCUGUCUCCAGCCAUCCUACACUCACUCAAGUCUGUCAGUCUCUCUUACCAAUCCUCCACCAAUGUGAUUUAAACCAGUAUUUGAUCUCUCACCAUUUGCUCUCUUCUCCGAAGACGCUGCUGACCUUCUCCAGUCCCUAUUAAGUGCUGGUUUCUGGCCGCUCUGAUGCCUUACUCCACGGAGGGAUCCUCUGCCUUCUCUCGAGCACUUUUUGGAACCAUUGCGCUCCUGGGGGAGGGAGACCAGGCUGUGAACUGGGAAAGAGAUUGUCUGCCUCCGGAGUGUCUGUCCUGCUUCCCUGUGACCUGAAGCGCCCCUUUAAAAAAGAAGAAAAAAGAAAAAAAAAAGUCGUCUUUAAAAAAGAAGAAAAAAGAAAAUAUCGGCCUGUAAAUUAUAUGAUAUCUUUUGAAGUGAAUUUUGGUAUGGUAAAUUAUAUGCCCCCCCCUCCUUUACACGUUUGUAUUUAUUGAUGAGAUUUCACAGCAGGGGGGAAAGUCUAUAUUUUGUACAUAAGAUUAUUUAGAGACUGGUGAAUGAGAUUUUGAGCCAAUAAAAAAA